ACUACCGGACGCGUGUAUCGCAACAUUGUCUGCUUCGACUACAUCCAACAUGGUCGCCAAGGCUGUUCUCGUCCUCUGUGCCCUCGCACUCCUCGCCCAGAGCAUCUCCGCUCAGUGUCUGGGCACUCUGGGCCUGGGUGCUAUCAACGCCCCGUGCGCUGCUGUCGCUCCUCUGGGAAUCGGCGCUUGUGGAGCUUGGGACAUCGCCGGACCCGCUCGUGCCCUCGCCGCCUCCAACGGCCCCGGCCUCGCCAUCUCCAGCGCCUCCCCCAUCUCCCCGGUCGGCGUGUCCGUAGCCUCCGAGAACGCCAUCGAGGGCGCCCUGGCCGUCGCCGGAGCUCUGCCGUUCCUGGGCACCGUCGGUCUCGAGGGAGUGCUGCCCACCGCCGGCGCCGGUAACGUGGCCUACAACUGCGGUAACGGAGCCGUCGCCAUCACCGCGGAGGACAUCGCCGCCGCUAACGUCGGUCUCGGUAUCGGCGCCCUCGGUCUCGGAGCUGGUGCUCUGGGGCUCGGCGCCGGUCCCCUGGGCUUGGCCGCCGGCCCCCUUGGUAUCGGAGCCGGCUCUCUCGGUAUCGGUACCGGCCCUCUCGGUGUGGGAGCUCUCGGCCUCGGUAUGGGAGGUUGCGGCUGCGGUGGUAUCAUCGUAUAAGUUGUCUGCCAAACGAUACACCCUGGAUCUUGAACGGUUAACAGUUGCUUGAAUAAAAUAAUAAUGUGCAAAUAA